GGUCGGGAAAGUGUUUAGUGAUGGUUGUGUUUAGUUCCUAAUGGAGUAAAGAACGUAGCUGCGGAGCUUAGGAUGUCUAAGGAGGGCGCUAUGGAGAGGGGUCCGUGUACUUUGCUGCAGGAAAUGAAAGACUUUACCGAGCAGUGCCAGAGUCGCCUGUCUGAUUUGUUGCAGGAAUUAGGAUGGACGUCUGAGUUUUCUGGGGGUGAGCAGGAUGCAGCAGUUUGUCCAUUUGAUGAUAAUCACCGAAUGCCUAAAUCCUCCCUGGAAAAGCACAUUGCUACAUGCAGGCUACGAAAGUUGGGAUAUAGCAAGGAAGAGGUUCAGAUUUCUGACACACAGUUUUACUACGAGAAAGCAAAACUACCGUCAGUUGUUAUAGAUAAAGAGCUACAGUUUCAAAUUAUCAAUAAAGCUAGGGAUCGUGUGUCAACCGGCAAUGCAGCUGGAUCAUAUGAGAGAAGUGCAUAUUCUUGCUCUCCAGUUGAAGUUCCUAUAAAUCACAAGUAUGCCAUUUGUGACCUGAAGCCUGCUGAUCGCCUUGCCAUCUAUGACUAUGUCCUGGAGCAGACCAGGAUUCAGAAACCUGCUUCCCAGACUGAUCGUUCUGAAGCUGACCUGUUUGAAGAUUUAGCUGCCAAAAUAAACCAAGAUGAUGACCAGAAUGGACCCAAAUCCCACCUUGAAAUCAUGGCUGAAAUGAGAGACUACAAGCGACGGCGCCAGUCUUACAGGGCAAAGAAUGUUCACAUAACAAAGAAGUCUUACACAGAGAUUAUCCACGAUGUUAUAAAUGUGCACAUGGAAGAACUGAGCAGCCAUUGGCGUGAUGAGAAUAACGAUGAUGCAAGAUCCUCUGUUUCUUCUUCUUCUGUUAGAAGGAGACCAUUGCAAAGAUCUCCCUCGGCAGAUUCCAGGGACUCUGGAAGUCACAGAGACAAACAACAUUCUGUAAGAAAAAGGGAGCGAAGCAGGAGCCCACAUAAACAUUCUAAUCGGGAAAAAGAAAAGGACACCAAAAAGAAAAAAGCGAGGGAUGAAGACAGACGACACCACAGUCAUAAAAGAAGAAAGCACAGCGAAGACUAAAACCACAAUAAUGAUGUUAAACUGAUUAAAUUUGGUAGUGUUCUCUACUUUUGGUAAAAUGAUUUGUUUCAUGAUGUGCAUUUGUUAACUAAUGUGCAUAUGUUUUAUAGGUUCUUACAGUCUGAAAGUCACUGUCAAGUCUGUAGAAAAAGGUUUAAGUUAUUUUACGCAUCUGUUGUUUUCCAAAACUAUUGUCUAUUUCAUGUGUAUGGCAAACCAAAGCUUGUCCUCUGUAAUUGGUCUGUCAAAAUAAAACCUUUACAAGUGA